CAAGCUCGUUUCAGAGCCACUGCCACCGACGCGAACCCAGAUGCCUCGCGUCGCCUCAGCUCGGGCGCUGCCGCCCUCAUGACCCCUCAGAUGCGCAGUAUGCGCUUGAUUGGCAACAGCAAUCCGCGUUACCGCUGGGAAAGGUACUUUACCUCGGACGAAGACCUCAAGAAGAUGAAGAAACCCAUUCGCGCAUACUACGAGCGCAACAACUUCUUGAUCCAGCAGUAUCUGUAUAUCGACAGAUUGCUGGAUUCGAGUUUGCCGCAUGACUUGAUUCAAGAGUAUCAGUACAAUGUGCAUAGCAGUUCUGUAGCUGCCACCGUGCCGCCAACUAUCAGUGAGGAGAAUGGAGGUACUAGCGCUGAUGCUUCUGCGAGGCCUUCUCCUUCCAUUACUCCUAUGGAUGGCAAUGGCAACGGCAAUGGACAUGCGUCAGCGAAUACGAGUUAUAGGCUCAAGAGAACACCCAAGGCUUUGUACCGUGUCAAUGACGAAGAGACGCCGUUGUUGGCCGAGGACGACAGUAAUUCGCUGUUCAACACAGGGGUCCCUGCUUGGGAGCCUGACGACGAGUCUGACAGCCAGAGUCGUGUUGUCAGUGUAGCCAUCUACUUGAACCUGGUGGCCAAUACUGUGCUUCUUGGUUUGAAGAUUGUCGUUACCAUUCUGACUUCUUCCGUCUCCGUCUUGGCUUCUUUGGUCGACGCAGCGCUGGACUUCCUCUCCACCGCCAUCGUAUGGACCACCACCAGACUCAUCAGUCACAACGACAUGUACGCCUACCCCGUGGGACGCAGACGCCUGGAACCAAUCGGCGUCCUAGUCUUCUCAGUCAUCAUGGUAACCUCCUUCGUCCAAGUCGCCAUCGAAGGCCUAAAUCAUCUCACCUCAAAAGACCACACCAUCGUCCAACUUAGUUAUGCCGCCACCGCCAUCAUGGCCGCCACUGUCGUUAUAAAAUUCGGCUGCUGGUUGUGGUGCAGACUCAUCCCCAACAGCAGCGUCCAAGCACUCGCUCAAGACGCCAUGACCGAUGUCGUCUUCAACAUCUUCUCCAUCAUUUUCCCACUCUUAGGCUACUACUUCAGUAUCUGGUGGUUGGACCCUCUGGGUGGCAUCCUCCUUUCCUUCUACGUGAUCCUCGGCUGGUCAUCAACCUCACUCUCACACAUCCGCAAUCUCACUGGCGCGGCGGCAUCAGCGGACGAGCGUAACGUGCUCCUCUACCUCACCAUGCGCUUUGCAAAAACCAUCAAGCAAAUUCAAGGAUUACAGGCCUAUCAUUCGGGAGAUAAAUUGAACGUCGAGGUUGAUAUUGUGCUUGAUGAACACAUGAGUCUCAGGGACAGCCAUGAUUUGGGGGAGAGUCUGCAGUAUGUGUUGGAGUCUGUGCCGACUGUUGAUCGCGCGUUUGUGCAUCAAGAUUAUGCUAGUUGGAAUUUGCCUUCGCAUAUGACGCAGCAG